GGUACUAUACUAAAUUUUAAAUCUGUUAGGUAGACAAAUGAAAGUUUGAAGUGUAAGGGCAAAAAAUUGCGCCGUACUCCUCCUCCGUCUACUUCUUCUCUGAAGAAUAAUGUCGGAGUUGGUGUGUGCUUGAUUUUGUGUGGCAGAGUCGACAAUGGCUUCAAAUCCCAAAACCUUGACUUUUGAGGAGGUGUCUAAGCACAACCACAAAAAGGAUUGCUGGAUCAUUGUCAAUGAAAAGGUGUAUGAUAUCACCCCAUUUUUGGAUGACCAUCCAGGAGGUGAUGAAGUUUUGGUGACGUCAACAGCGAAGGACGCCACCAUUGAUUUUGAAGAUGUGGGCCACAGUGAUUCUGCCGUAGAAAUCAUGGAAAAAUACUAUAUUGGGAACUUUGACACUUCCACUCUUCCGGCUAAAGUUAACCAUGGACAGCCACCACCUACACAAGCUCACGGCGGUGGCAAUCAAUCUUCUGAAUUUGUUGUAAAGAUCUUGCAAUUCCUGUUGCCUUUGCUGAUAUUGGGCGUUGUCUUUGCUCUGCAGUCGUAUGGCAAAGAGAAUCAGGCAGCACCACAUGAAAGCUGAACUUAAGCUAGAGCCGAAGUUUCAGUAGGUUUAACUGGUUAUACUUUGAUCAAUGUUGUUUCUCUGUACUUAAAAUUCAUCACCCCACCCAACACUAUGCAGGGCCCUCGAUGCACUCUGGUCUCUCGACUCAGUCAUACGUGUUCAUUUAAACAAUGGUUUUAAACUUUCAUUUGUCAGCUUUUGAUUGACAUUGGCGCAGGGAUGGAUUUGAAUUCAAAUUGAAUGCCUUUUGAAAUCAAAUUAGCGCUUCCAAACUGCUGCAACUAUUCCCGCAA